AGGGCACUUUCCUGGUUUUCUAAGGUCUCUCUGUUACCGAACAUGGAUGAAAAACGAAACAAAACAAUAAGAUAUCAAACGAUUACAUUUUGCUGUUUGUUUGUUUUAAGUCUGGAUAAAUCUAGUUAAAAGUGUUAGUAAUAUCUAAUUGUUGAUGGGAUAAUUGGGGAUGAGAAAGAAGAACUUUAAGAUUGGAGUUUUCAAAUUGAGUUUGAGGCGAUGUUCCUCAGGAAUGACUUUGUUAAAGGGGUUUUGGUGAUGGAAUAGAUGAAUUUGAUAUUCCAAGUUGUGAUUGUGGAAUUGCAGAGCGAUCUUAUAUGGGGAGAAUUUGGGCAUUUUCUUGUCAUUGUUCUUUGCAAGGGCUGGACAUGAUAUUGCGACCUGAAUGGCUAAUUUCCAGCAGAAUAUUCUUAUUGAUAGGGACGUUGAUCAGGCCAUUAGAGUCCUAAAGAAAGGGACAUAUCUGCUGAAGUACGGACGCUGGGGAAAACCCAAAUUUUGUCCAUUCAAGCUUUCUACAGAUGAGACAUUGUUGAUCUGGUAUGCAGGCAAAGAUGAAAAACAACUUAAAUUAAGCCUUGUUUCAAGGAUUAUUCCUGGACAGCGCACAGCAAUAUUUCAGCGCUACCCUCAGCCUGAGAAGGAAUAUCAAUCAUUUUCUCUUAUAUACAGUAACAGGUCCUUGGAUUUGAUAUGCAAGGACAAAGAUGAAGCUGAGCUGUGGUUUACUGCUCUUAGAGCCUUAAUUUCACCGGGCAACUAUCGCAAAUCAAAAAGUGAAGCAACAAUUGAUAGCAUAUCAUCAGAUAGCCCAUUUUGCCAUACUCAAAAGAAUUCUCUCUGUAGUGUGUCAUCUACCAGCACCGAUAUAAUCUUUAAGAAUUCUACGUGGCAUAGAUUGGGGAAAUCCUUUUCUGAGGUUUUAUCAUAUACAGCAGCAGCCAAGGCUUACAGUCAAGCUGAGUCAUUUUCCAAGUCUCUCAGUUUUGUAUCGUUUGCUGGUUUAGAUGAGACAAGUAGUCGUAGCUUCACAGUUGAUUCAUAUAGAGCUAGUUUAUCUAGUGCUGUGAGUUCAUCCAGCCAGGGAUGUUCUUAUGCAGAUUUUGAAGCUUUGGUUGAUGUUUUCUUCUGGGGAGAAGGAGUCUGUGGUGGGCUUUUGGGUGGUGGUUUGCAUGAGAUUGGAAUUUCUUCUCCUGCCAAGCGUGAUGCACUUUGGCCAAAGGUACUUGAAUCAAAUGUGGUCCUUGAUGCCCAGAAUGUUGCUUGUGGGAGUAAGCAUGCUGUCUUAGUCACCAAACAGGGGCAGAUUUUUAGUUGGGGUGAGGGAUCUGGUGGCAGGCUUGGACAUGGAGUGGAAACUGAUGUUUCUUACCCAAAGCUCAUUGAUGCUCUCAAUGGAUCAAACAUUCAUUUAGUGGCAUGUGGGGAAUUUCACACUUGUGCUGCAACAAUUUCAGGCGAUCUUUAUACUUGGGGUGAUGGUACUCACAAUCUUGGUCUUCUUGGGCAUGUUAGUGAAGUCAGUUGCUGGACCCCUAAAAAAGUAAGUGGCCAAAUGGAGGGUGUGCAAGUAUCAUCUAUCUCUUGUGGACCUUGGCAUACGGCUGCCGUUACAUCAGCAGGUAAGUUGUUUACAUUUGGUGAUGGAACUUUUGGAGCCUUGGGCCAUGGAGAUCGUAGUAGCACUAGUGUGCCAAGAGAAGUUGAAACUCUGAGAGAACAAAGAACGGAGAUGGCUUCUUGUGGUGUUUGGCACACUGCUGCGAUUGUUGGAGUUACUUCUGGGUCUUCUAGUUUCAGUGGACCUUCAUCUAGAAAGCUCUUCACCUGGGGGGAUGGGGCUGAUGGCCAACUUGGACAUGGUGAUGAAGAACCUCGACUAGUUCCAGACAGGGUAGCAGUGUCAGAAGACACAAACUUUUGUAAAGUAGCCUGUGGUCACAGCAUCACCAUUGCGUUAACUGACUCAGGACAAAUAUAUUCCAUGGGAAGUGCUAAUUAUGGACAACUCGGGAGUCCAGGAAGCACUGGCAAGAUUCCCACUCGCAUUGAAGGCAACAUCAGAAACACUCACAUUGAAGACAUAGCAUGUGGUUCUUAUCAUAUUGCUGUUCUAAGUUCAAAAGCAGAGGUCUACACUUGGGGUAAGGGAGCAAAUGGUCAGUUAGGCCAUGGAGACAAUGAAAACAGAAACAGUCCUAAAAUUGUUGAAGCUUUGAGAAACAAACAAGUUAAGACUGUUGUUUGUGGUUCCAAUUUAACUGCUGCCAUUUGUCUUCAUAAAUCAGUGUCCAAUGCUGAUUACUGUAUAUGUUCUGGUUGUCAAAAUUCAUUUAAUUUCAGAAGAAAGCGGCAUAACUGCUACAACUGUGGGCUAGCUUUUUGUAAAGUAUGCAGCAGUAAGAGAUCUCUAAAAGCUGCUUUAGCUCCGGACAUAAACAAACCUUAUCGCGUGUGUGAUGAUUGUUUUUCUAAAUUGAAUAGAGCCUCAGAGUCUAGAUCAAUUUCAUUAGAGUGCAGAUCAAUUUCACAGUCUCCUAAUUGUUCAAAUGGAAGUAUAAAUCAGAACUGGAGUGGGGCAUCUGAUAAAGAAAAUAUGAGUUCUAGAUCUGUUGGUCCACUUUUGAGGCUUACUUCUUUUGAUUCAUUCAAAGAGGCUAAGGGUGGACAAUCCAAACUCAAUAGCCACAGUUGUCAUGGCUCGCCGUCUAUAAAUGGAACUUUCCAAUGGGAAUCAGCCUCUGCAUUUAGGCAUUCUAACAAAAUAUCUACUUGUCUUCCAGGUUCAAGAAUGGUUUCUCGACCACCGUCUCCUAUCUCAUGGAAGUCAGGUCCUUUUCGCUCCAUGACUAUGAAUUCAGCUAUUUUUGAUCUUGCAAAACCAGAAAUUACUUUUGAUGAGUCAAAACAAACAAAUGACUGCCCCAACCAAGAAACAGUCAUAUUAAGGGCACAGGUGGAGGAUCUUACUCACCAAUCCAGACUCCUAAAAGUAGAACUUGAAAGGACAUCGAGACAAUUGAAAGAGAAAUCUGCAACUGCACAGCAAGAAGCUGAAAAAAACAAGGCUUCCCAGGAAGUAAUCAGAUCUCUAACUGCACAGAGUGAAGUAGUUUUGGAGCAGAGGUGCUUAUCAAACAUCUUCACACGAUGCAAAUAUCAUUGCAGGCCACUCUAGGAAAAUAAAGUUUUCUAAGUUUCAUUGAUAUGCUUCAUAUUGUGGAUUCUUGGAUUGUGCUCGGGAGUGCAUUUGAUAUUCAUUUGUGGUCCGAU